AUGAAGACCACCACCCUCUACCUUAUCCUCACCGCUGUUGCCGGCGUCCUUGCCGCCCCUUAUUCCGAGAUAAAGGCAGCCCAGCUUGAGACCAGAGCUACCUGCAAAAGUCCAAGUAUUUGCUCUGUGUUUUGGUCAGGCAGAUGCGAGGCAUGGUGUGGAGACAAGCUCUUCUCCCACAUGACCGGGGACGGCUGCAAAGGCCUUGGUGCGAAGAAGUGCUGCUGCAGAAAAUGA